AUGGUCAAGCGACAAGAUAGAGAAGUGGGAAAUCCACCAAUAGGUCUAACUGCGCGAGGUAUGGCGCUAUCCCCAAAAUCACGGACAGCACCGGAUACCAAAGUCUCGCCAAGGCCUGUAUCUAAUACAUCCAGGACAUCGCCUCAACCAUAUUCCUCUCAUAAUAUCCACGCGUCAGUUACACCAAUCAUCGCCGAUGCUAACCUAACUGUUUCCAAUAUCGAGUCCCUAAUAGCAUCAAAAGUCAACGAAGCUUGGGAUUUUAUAAAAAAGGGAUUUGCUAUCUACGAUGAAAGUAAUGAAGGAAUCAUUAGGCUAGCAAACUUUCGUCGUGUGUUUCAAACAUAUCUGUUUCCAUUAACUGAUUUGCAGUUCAAUGAGAUACAGGCAAAGCUCCCAAAGGAUGACUCUGGUAACAUUAAAUAUAUCGAAUUUUUGCAAAGCUAUGGAGCACGAAGUCUUACUAAAUCGCCUCUGCCCAGGAUUACCAGCCAUAUUCCCAAUCAAGAUUCGACUCAGUUUUAUACUAUCGAUGAAAUUGAAAGAUUAAUUCAAGAAAAGAUGGACACCAAAGGAAAAGUUAUCCUUAAGUCAUUCAGGAUGUGCGACUAUGACAGACAGAAUAAGAUCCUGAGAAAUGACUUUCGUAAAAUUAUGGACAAUUUUUGCCUAAGAUUAACAGAUGCUCAAUUUGUCAAAUUAUGGUCAAAAUUUGCUGGCAAUACGAGUCCAACGCUUGAUUAUGUACGAUUCUUAAGUCACUUUCACGCAAUUAAGCCAGAAGAAGCAAAUGGUAAAAAACCAACUGAACCAGACAAUGCUAAAAAUCGCUACAACACACAAUACAAGACUGAGAAAUCGCGCUAUUACAACGUUGGUGAUGCAAAUGUUAAAUCUGAAGAUUCAUUCCUACAAGGAAAAUCACUCAGUCAGAUUGAAGGGGAAUUUUUAAAGCGGGUUCGCGAAAAUUAUAACGAUUUAUGGUCAACCUUUUCGGCUAUUGAUGAAAAAGAUGAUGGUAUGAUCGCAUUGGAUCGCUUGCACCGCAUCUUAGGGAAAUUUAUUUUUCCUAUGCCAGACAAUUUAUUUACACAAAUUAUGGAUAGAUUUGGCUUUAGAGCAACUGGAAGGAUGCCAUGGAAGCACUUUAUGCAGAAAUUCCAAGCCGAUGCUUUACCUGCUAAUGGCCAAACACUUCUUAUACGCCCUAGUCAUAAAUAUAACCCCAUCAUGGAAUCGCAAAAAGAAAUGCAGCCUCAAGACAUUUGGAAUCUAUUGAAUUCAAAGAUCAAGGAUGGGUACUCCAGCAUUAAACAAGCUUUUCUAACUUUUGAUGAUGACAAAGAUGGCAGAGUUUCCCAUAAGGAAAUGAGAAGAAUUAUCGAGAAAUUUUGUUUCCGUCUAGGUGAUAACCAAUUCCGGGAAAUUAUUAAUCGCCUCGAUCCAAACCGAAAUGGCUAUAUCUCGUAUAAAGAGUUUAUGGACAUUUUUGAAGAGAAAGAAACUGCGGAUGGGCAUAAAUGGUUAAAAUCCAAUCAUCGCUUUAAUGAAACUAGAAAACCGAUCGCUAUGACCUGGGAAAAGGCUGAAGAUAUACUGCGCAUUAAAAUUGCUGAAAAUUGGUCAACACUUGCUAAAGCUUUCGGCUCCAUCGAUGAAGAUAAAGAUGGAGCCAUCUCUAAAAGCGAAUUGAAACGGUUAUUGAAUGAAUAUGCUAUGGUUAUUCCGGAUGAACAUUUCAAAACGUUUUGGAGUCGAUGCGAUGUUAAUAGUGAUGGUACCAUCCAAUUUGAAGAAUUUGUCCAACGUUUGGGUCUUAAAAUUAAUGAAGGAGAUGUUUACGGAACAAGUACAAAAAUUCACGAUGAAAGUGAUAAAAUGGAACAGAAACGUCUACAUGAUCAAGCUGCUAGGCUUGGUAAAGUAGAGCAGAGAGCCCAUGAUCUUACUGGCAAAAUGACUGCUGAAGCUGUCAUGAAAAAAUUACAAGACAGUGUUACUCAAAGUUCAUCAGAUAUCCGUCGGGUUUUCCAGCGAUAUGAUAAAGACGGUGACGGCAAAGUUUCCGAAAGCGAAUUUCGACUGGUAUUGGGUGGAAUGGGAUUAUCCAUGAGUGACGAACAGUUUAAAAUCUUGAUCAAGAAAUUUGGAUUCUACAAAGGAAAUCUGUCUUACACCGACUUUGUUGACAAAUUUGAUAAUACUCGUUCACCUUUGCAAAAUGAUCCCACUGUUCAGUUCCAUCCAGUCCAAAAGUAUAAAGUCCGAGAGCAAAAGUACACCAUGACAGCAGAAGAAGUGGAGACAAAACUAAGGAAUAAAAUUCGUGAUGGUUUUCAAGGUUUAAGAGAAGCUUUCUACAAAAUUGAUGACGACCAUAACGGUGCUAUAACAAAGAGCGAAUUCCGACGCUUAUUGGAUUCAAUGAUGUUUGUCCUGUCAGAUUCAGAAUUUGACAAAUUAGUACAAAAAAUUGACUUUGGCCAUAGGAAUACCUUGAGUUAUCAAGAUUUUUUGAAGCGAUUUCAAAGUAUAGAAAACGUGGAAGCUCAUCCAUGGCUGUUUUCAACACACAGAUUUAAUAAAACCAAAAAGGCUCUCAACCUAACCCAUGAACAAGUUCAUAGCUUGCUACUUUCCAAAGCUGAAAAUCAAUGGAAUGAUAUUGCAAAGGCUUUCAAAAGCUUUGAUAAAGAUAGAAAUGGCUUGGUUUCUCGUAAAGAAUUUAAAAUAAUUUUGGACGAUUUCGCUUUAACCAUGACUGACGAGGAAUUCGAGAAAUUGUGGAGAAUCUACGAUACGGAUAACAGUGGUUCAAUUGACUACAGAGAAUUUAUAUACCGAUAUAGCCAAACAUUGGCACCUGGAGAUGAAGGAAUUAGCACACAAAUAACCAAAGAAAGCCAAAAUCGCUUCGAGCAUCAUCAUCAAGCACAAAAGGCUAAGCAUGAAUAUAUUGCUAAAAUGCAAGUUCGAGCUGGCAAGAGAUUAACUGCGGAGGAAAUUGAAGCCCGAAUUACUGAUCGCUUCAGAGAUGGUUUUACAAGCUUUAGGAAAGCAUUCGAAAAUGCGGACCAUAAUAAGGACGGACAUUUGUCCCGUAAAGAACUCCAUGAUAUUUUGCAAGCACUAAACUUUCAUUGUGAUGAAAUCGAAUAUAAUAGAUUCCUCGAUCGAAUUGGACUAGGCAAUAAAUAUAAGUUAUCCUAUGAAGAAUUUCUAAAUGCCUUCCAGCGCGGAAAGCAAGCUGAUAUUCGAGAAGUCAUUCCGAAAAGAGCAAGCCCGGUCAGUUAUGAAAGUCUUCCUGUGGAUAAAGCUGAGCAAAAGCUACGACAAACUGUUCGAGAAAAACUCGGACCAAUUCAACGUGCUUUAGAAGCUUUUGAUGUCGAUGAAAAUGAAAGAAUUGGCGUUAAACGAUUCCGAAGAGUACUGGAGAACUUCUGUUUCAGAUUAACAGAUCCACAGUUUAAACAUGUCCUACGUCGAUUGAAUGUUUCUGGAGAUCUUGUUCCAUACAGGGAAGCAAUCAGUACUUUGUCGAAAUCAGAUGAAGAGUUGACAUCUGAUUGGUUAGGCAAGCAAGAGGAAAUGCUAGCUGCUAAUAAAAAGCAGAAGAGGAAAUCAAUCAAGAUGAAUCAAAAUAAAAGCCAAAUGGAUGCCAUUUUAGCACCUGAUACGCCUCAAUCGCCAGCUGAACUCAAAGAAGAUACGCCAGAACCAAAGGAAACUUUUACAGAACCGAUUGCUCCUAUUCCUAUGAAUGUCGAUUCAACAGAAAUCAACUACGUAGAAGAUUCGCCUAGAGUUGAAGACAUAACUGAUAUUGCUGCAGAGAACAAUUUUAUCGAGCAGGAAAUAGCAAGAGAAGAGCCAAACGUGGAGCUUCCCAAACAAGAUGAUACUUUUAAUAACAGAGCACCUUCACGAAAUGUAUCAGCUCUUUCGUUUAGUAGAAUGAGCAUUUCAAGUCAAACAUUCCAGCAGACUGAACAACAAUUUAAGCAAUUUGUUGUUAGUAAAUUUUAUGAUUUGAUCAAGGUCUUAAAGCAAAAUGAUCCUUCAUUCUCCGGAUUUGUAUACAAAAAUGAUUUCUUUAAAAUCUUAGAAGAAUAUGAUUUCAGCUUAGAACCUAAUCAGGCUAAUAAGUUAUGGAAAAAACUAGAUAACGGCGAUGAAGGUUUUAUUAAUUAUAACAACGUUUUGCGAGCUUAUGCUAACCGAUCUGGCAGUAACACUCCAAAGCUGCGAACUCCUUCGGCAAAUCGCACAUCUCCAACAAAGAGACCAUCUAUGCCAACACCUAGAGUCGGCCAACCAUCACCGAGAUUAAAUUCUGGUAAUAGCGUUGCCGCUUUAGUGAACGCAGAACCAACAGAAAAGUUAAUCAAGGACAAGAUUGUUAGUCACUGGAAGACCAUCCGUAAGGCAUUUAAUCGAUUUGAUUAUCACAACACCGGAUAUAUUAACGAGAGAGAAUUUAAAGAAACUUUGGAGCAACAUCGUAUAGCUCUCGAUGAUAGUCAAUUUUCAUUGCUAUGGGAGAAAUUUAGCAACAAAGAUAGAAUGAGAUUGAAUUAUGCGGAAUUUUUAAGCUAUUUCGUCCUAAAAGUAAAAAAUGUGGAGAAAAGCCCAAAACGUGCCGUAUUACCCGCUGAAGAAGUGCCUAAAGUUGGUGAUACCAAUGUUUACUUGGCCGAUGUAUUUAUCCGAAUUAAAGGUUCCAUUAAACAGCAAUGGAAAAGUAUACGUCGAACUUGUAAAUCUUAUGAUAGCAAGAAUACUGGUUAUGUAACUCAAUUACAAUUUCGUGAUAUCCUGCACCAGUAUCGCGUGGAUAUAUCAGAAGAUGACUUCUUCCAAUUGAUGGUUUAUUACAACAAAGAUUUGACAAAUAAGAUUCAAUACAAUGAAUUCCUCAAGCAAUGCUUAGUUUAUUAG